AUGUCCGGCCCGCUCAUCAUCGAGGGCAAGUUCAGCCUGGACAGGAUGGUCGGCCCCCCCGGCGACGGACGCAAGAGCAACGACGAGUGCGUGGACCCGUACUUCCUGAUGAACACCUCCGGCGUGUGGAACGGCAUCUCCCUCGCCUGCAUCGACGUGGCCAAGAAGCACGUGACCCGCAAGGCGCACGCUGACGUGGGGAUGCGGGUGUGCGACUACCCGACCAUCCAGGAUUACUUCGGCGAAACGGUGUGUGAGACGAACUCCUCCCGAGCGCUGGUCUACCUCCAAGCGCAGGCCCUCGACCAGGUGACCAACAACAACGACUGGUCGCUCUACAAAGACUUGAAUUUCCUUCCGAGGGCCGGCUUCCUCCACUGGCUCUGGCAAGCCAAAUUCAUCUCCGCCAAGAACGUGACACGCGUGACCGACACGAUGCUCCACGUGUGCGGCGGCUCCGGCUACAAGACCGACCUGGGCCUCGAGCGGCUCCUGCGCGACGGCAAAGCGGGCUGGGUGAUGGGCCCGUCCAACGAGGUGCUGCGCCAGUUCGUGGGCAAGACAGCGCUCAACAACAUCGACUGCAUCGAUUACUGGGACCAAUGGCCGAACGAGCGAGUCGUCCACCACGAGCUCAAGAAGAUGAGCAUCAGCAAGCGCAAGGAACUCGCCAAGACGCUUUUGGAGGAGGCGGAGAUCGAGGAGAGGGGAGAAGAGGCCAAGCAUCCCUUCCAGGACACCGACUUCGAGAAUCCCUUCAACACGUGUCCUCCAGCGGUCAACAGUAAGGUGCUGAAGACGAAGGACGGCGUGAGCCACGGGCCCUCCCUGAAGCCGGACUCGUGGGUGCCCCUCACCCUCAAGACGCACACGCCCGUCAGUGACAAGAUGGCUUCCUUCGUCUUUGCUCUGCCCAAGGAGACCGACCACACAGGAUGCUUCACCGGCCAGUACAUUGUGGUGCGUGUGAACAUCAAAGGAAAGGAGCAUCAGCGCUACUUCUCGCCCGUGUCGCGUCCGGACGACUUCGGGCGCAUCGAACUCGUGCUCAGGUUCGAGUCCCAGGGCCUCAUGUCCCAGCACUUCAAGGCUCUCAAGCCAGGUGAUAAGGUGGAGUUCCAGGGCCCCUGCGGAGGCUUCGAGUACGAGGCGAACCAGCUGGACGAGGUGACGCUCCUGGCCUCGGGCGGAGGCAUCACCCCCGGCAUGCAGCUCAUCCGCGCCGUCAUGCACAACCCCGACGACAAGACCAAAAUCAAGCUCCUCUACUUCUCAGAGAAUUACAACGAGAUCCUCUACCGGGAGGAACUUGAUGGAUACGCAGCGAAAGAUUCACGUCUGGAGAUAGUACACACGCUCGGAGAGACGCCCGAGGGAUGGGAGGGCGAGGAAGGCUUCAUCGACACGCAGAUGAUCGACAAGCACGUGACCAAACCCAACGGCAUCAAGCACAAGAUCAUCAUGUGCGGAGGCCCUACGAUGAGCAUCUCGUGCCUCCACUCCCUGCGGUCCCUCGGCUUCCCCUCCAACUUCAUCUUCAUCUACGGCCAGUUCGGCACCGAGCAGGUCAGGACGGUCUACGGCAGGAACGUGCAGCUCUCCGGCCACCGCUGCGACAACGUUCUCUAAAAAGGCGGUUUCCACCCAGAGGAAUAGAAGUAGUUCUUUUUUUUCUUCAUUGGACUAAUGAUAUACUCCUAACAAUUUAGUUCGGCAUAAAUGUUGUAAUGGAAUCUAUUAAAUGGUAUAAUAUU